GUGCGAAAAUUGUAGGAGAAGAUGAAAAGUGGCGAAAUUUCUGCGAAGUCGUAAACAUGACCAGUAAAAAAGUCAUUUCUGUAAACGAAUCUUCGUUGGUUGAUUUAAAAGCGGAACUUUAUCGCAAGGAAACUCAACUGAAAAGGGAAAAAGUAAAAUCUACACCAGCAAAGAAAGCCCCAAUAUGGCAAAAAAAGACAAAAGAGUUAAAAAAGAAAAAUGGCAAAGCUAAUGAACCAGUUGCUAAUGAUGCGCUCAGUAGAGAAUUAGAAAAAUCUAGAUUAAAGUUAGAAGCAAAAUCAGCACUUUAUGACAAGCUUUCAACUGGGGAAAUUGAAGUUCCAUCAGAUGAAGAUGAUGAACAAGGAAGAUUUCUUGUUGAUUUUCAACAGAAAACAUUUGCUAAGUCUGACAAUCAUGAUGGAAAAGAAGAAUCCAGUGAUAUGCCACCAGCAGUGACAAACGCUGGUGAAGAAUGGGUUGAAUAUACUGAUGCAUUUGGCCGUUCUAAAAUGUGUAUGAAAAAAGACCUCGAAGCAAUGAAGGAAAAAGAUAAACAAGUUAAAUUAAAAUCUACGGAAGAUAGUAACAAGACUCUGUUGUCAGAUGACAUGAGAAGAGAAAUAAUUCGAAAAAAAUGGGAGGAAGAAAUUGAGGAAAGUUUAGAUCAACCCAUUGGUCCAGUUCAUUAUCAAGAUCUUCUUUUUGAUGAACCACGUGAUCACGGUGUGGGUUAUUACCAAUUUUCAAAAGUGGAAGAAGAAAGACAGCAACAGCAAGCAGCAUUAAACAAACUGAGGACACAAACUGAAGAACAACGCAGCAAACGCGAGAAACUUUUAGCACAACGUAAAGCAGCGACAGAUGCACGUUUAGCAAAGAUACGAGCUCGAAAACAGCGACUGACGCACGGAGAAAAUGAGAAGGAAGAGGGAAAAGAAAAAGAAAAAGAAAAAGUAGAAUCUGUUGAUGAAACUGACAAGAAAACGAUCGAAAACGAUGAAAAUGAAGCUGUAAUUGACACUAUGCUUGCAAGAAUACGUAACGACAGUACAAGACUUGAAAAUGCUCAUUUGAAUGAAUGGGAAAAAGGAAAAGUUGAUUUGGAGAUGUUCAACAAACCAAAAAGAAAAACACCAAUUUAUGACCCAAGAAGUGAACGCAAUCCUGAAUUUGCACCACCAUCUUUCUACAACGAUGACAAGAAAAACAUUUCUAUGGCAAAACGAACUAAGAAACAAAAUGAAAAAUAUCAAAGCGAUCCCACGACGAUCCAUAAGAUGACAUCAUUUGACCAUCACAACGAUGAUAAGCUGAACUUUCAAACCCAUAAGAACAAUACUGACUUUGAUAUUCCUGAAGCUGGUACUUCAAUAAGUGAUGCAAAUAACCAUGGCAACAGUGAUGUCAUCAACAUCCAACAACAAGAUUUGAACAAAAAUUCAGACACGAGCUUUUCUGCGCCAAUUAUGAACUCAAUUCCUGGAGACACGAAUCCUUUAAUGCCUCCAACGUUAUGGAAUAAUUACAACACGAACGUCGAUCCACAGAACACGCACAAUAAUCCCUUCAACACGUUUCAAAAUACAAACUUCAAUGCGCAUGGCAUGAAUCCUCAUGUCUUCAAUACACAAUUUCCCAACUUACCUCCUCCGCCUAUCCACAUUUACCCACCACCUAUAAACCUCUUCAAUCCAACAGUACCACCACCUUACCCGUUUCCUCCUCAAUACCCUCAAAAUAUGCCGAAUUAUCCACAAUCAACCACCAAUAACACAUCAUAUCCUAAUGCCCCUCAAUAACGCUUAUUACUAAAUAUAAACAUUGAAAGGGAAAAUUGUUUGGAAUAUUUUAAGUAUUAUCUUAAAUGAAUUAAAAGACUAUUUAUGAGCGAAAAAAUCGCUGAAAACUUGAA